AUGGCUAAAACGGAGAAAGCGUUGGCCGUACCCGUACCCGAGUCUCCCCGGACGCCGACGCCGACGCCGAUGUCGGCAACGGCGCCGACGUCGGCGAGGUCGGUCAAGUGGGGCGACCUCGAGGAUGCGGCCGGCGGGCUGGAGCGGCCGCUGCUGCGGCAGCGCGGCUCCAACACCACGUCCCAGAUGGCCGUCGUCGGCGCCAACGUCUGCCCUAUCGAGAGCCUCGACUACGAGAUCGUGGAGAACGACCUGUACAAGCAGGACUGGAGAUCGAGGGGGAGGAUCCAGGUCUUCCAGUACCAGGUCCUCAAAUGGCUCAUGGCGCUCCUCGUGGGAUCGGUCGUCGGCCUCGUGGGAUUCUUCAACAACAUCGCCGUCGAGAACAUCGCCGGCUACAAGCUGCUCCUGACCAGCAACCUCAUGCUGCAAAACAGGAACCUGCAUGCGUUCCUGCUAUACAUGGCCUGCAACGCGGUCCUCGCGGGGUCCGCAGCUGCGAUUUGCGCCUACUUAGCCCCCGCGGCAGCCGGCUCCGGCAUACCGGAGGUGAAGGCCUAUCUGAACGGCGUCGACGCCCACUCCAUCCUAGCGCCCAGCACCCUCUUAGUGAAGAUUAUUGGCUCCAUAUUGGGGGUGUCUGCCGGUUUUGUGCUGGGCAAAGAAGGGCCUAUGGUGCACACUGGUGCCUGCGUUGCCGCCAUGCUCGGCCAAGGGGGGUCGCGCAAGUAUGGCCUCACUUGGAACUGGAUCAGGUACUUCAAGAAUGACUUGGAUCGAAGGGAUCUCAUCACCUGCGGUGCUGCAGCCGGCGUCACUGCGGCGUUUCGCGCCCCUGUCGGCGGCGUCCUCUUUGCGCUGGAGGAAGCAACAUCUUGGUGGCGGAGUGCGCUUCUGUGGAGGACAUUCUCCACAACGGCAAUGUCGGCGAUAGUGUUGCGGUCGUUGAUAGAGUACUGCCGCAGCGGCAACUGUGGUCUGUUUGGCGAAGGCGGUCUGAUCAUGUUUGAUGUCAGUUCACGGGUGACUUCUUACACCGGCACUGACAUCGCCGCAGUCAUACUCCUCGGCAUCCUCGGCGGGCUACUCGGAGCUCUCUUCAACCACUUUGUCGACCUGAUCCUCCGCAGAUACGGCGUCAUCAAUGACAAGGGUGCGCCGUACAAGAUCCUUAUGACGGUGUUCAUCUCACUUGUCACCUCGUGCUGCUCUUUCGGCCUGUCGUCGCUGUCUCCGUGCGUCCCGUGCCCGCCCGAGCUCGCCCCCGGCAAGUGCCCGACCAUUGGCCGGUCCGGCAACUACAAGAAGUUCUGGUGCCCAGCGGGGCACUACAACGCGCUGGCCUCUCUCUUCUUCAACACCAACGACGAUGCCAUCCGCAACCUCUUCAGCGGCGGCACGGACAACGAGUUUGGUGUGUCCACUCUACUCACUUUCUUCAUCGGCGUAUACACCCUUGGCUUGAUCACCUAUGGCGUGGCCGUGCCGUCGGGCCUCUUCAUCCCCGUCAUCCUCUCGGGUGCCACCUUCGGCCGCCUGGUGGGCAAGCUCUUCGGCUCGGGCCUCGACACAGGCCUCUUUGCGAUCGUCGGCGCGGCCUCCUUCCUUGGCGGAACCAUGCGGAUGACGGUGUCGGUGUGCGUGAUCCUGCUGGAGCUAACCAACGACCUCCUGCUGCUGCCGCUCAUCAUGCUGGUCCUGCUCGUAUCCAAGACGGUGGCGGACUGCUUCAACAAGGGUGUGUACGAGCAGAUCGUGCGCAUGAAGGGUCUACCCUUCCUGGAGGUGCACGCAGACGCGUGCAUGCGAAGCCUGGUGGCCAGCGACGUGCUGUCCGGGCCGGUGAUCACCUUCUCCAGCGUGGAGCGCGUGGGCACCGUGGUGAACACGCUGCGGCGCACAGGCCACAACGGGUUCCCGGUGAUCGAGGACGAGCCGUUCGCGCCGGCGCCGGAGCUGUGCGGCCUGGUGCUGCGCUCCCACCUGAUCGUGCUUCUCAAGGGCAGGACCUUCACCAGGGCCCGCGUGAAGACCGGCGCCGCCGAGGUGUUCCGCAAGCUCAAGCCCUUCGACUUCGCCAAGGUGGGGUCGUCGGGGAGGGCGAUGGAGGUGAGCGAGCUGAGACUCACCGAGGAGGAGAUGGACAUGUACGUGGACCUCCACCCGAUCACCAACCGGUCGCCCUACACCGUCGUGGAGAACAUGUCGCUGGCCAAGGCCGCCGUGCUCUUCCGCGACCUCGGCCUUCGCCACAUGUGCGUCGUGCCGAGGACACCCGGGAGGCCGCCGGUGCUGGGGAUCCUGACGCGGCACGACUUCAUGCCGCAGUACAUCCGCGGGCUGUUCCAGAACGUCCUUCGAGAGUAG